AGAUAGAUCCAUUGAGAGGUGAAUGACAAGAUUGGUUGCUAAGGGAUAUAAAUCUUUAGCAAGAGAUUGACAAAACAACAUGCAUGCCUGCAAAUAGUCCGAUUGAUCCCAAUCUAAAGUUGGAGAACAUUGAAGAAAAUAUUACAGCGGAUAAGGAGAUGUAUCAAAGAUAUAGAUCCAUUUUGGAGAAGAAGCCAAACAUGUAAAGAAAUCAUAUUAAACAUAUGGCAAAUUGAAGAUGAUGACAGGAAAUAGAACAAAACAAACAAUGCACAAGGACACUAUGGUCAUAGAGAAUGCUCAAUGAUGAAUAUAUAUAUAGACACUAGCUAGAAAGAUAAGGUGCAUAUUUGCCAUGGCUCUACUAGUCCUCUACUCUGCAUAUCUUUUCUCCUUUAUUCUCUUAGUCCUUAUAGCGCAAAAGAUAAGAAAGAAGAAAAACUACUCAACUUAUAAGUUACCACGAGGACCUAGAAAGCUCCCGAUUAUAGGAAAUAUACACAAUCUGUUAAGCUCUCAACCCCAUCGGAAAUUAAGAGACUUGGCCGACAAGUAUGGACCUGUGAUGCAUCUUCAACUUGGAGAGGUUUCUACUAUUGUCAUUUCAUCGCCCGAAUGUGCCAAAGAGGUGAUGAAAACCCAUGAUCUUAACUUUGCGUCAAGGCCUCAUCUCCUAGCUUCAGAAAUAAUGUCUUACAAUUCCACAAAUAUAGCUUUUGCUCCUUAUGGUAGUUAUUGGAGACAGUUACGAAAAAUAUGCACGUCAGAGCUUUUAAGCCCGAAACAGGUAAACUCGUUGCAACCGAUUAGAGAAGAGGUGCUUUCCGAUCUUGUCAAAUGGAUUGCUUCACAGAAUGGAUCGCCAAUCAACCUCACCGAAGCUGUGAUUUCUUCAAUAUACAGUCUUGUUUCGAAGUCUGCGUUUGGAAAUAAAUGCAAAGACCAAGAAAAAUUUAUAUCAGUGGUGAAAGAAUCUAUAAAGGUUUCGGCGGGUUUUGAUCUGGGAGAUUUGUUUCCUUCUGCUAAAUGGAUACAACGUGUUACUGGUUUGAGGCCUAAGCUUGAGAGCUAUCAGCGGCAAACCGAUCAGAUAUUUGAAAACAUUAUCAAUGAGCAUAAAGGGGAAACUUACUCAAAAGCCAGAGAUGAUCAAGGUGAUCCGGAAGAAGAAGAUCUCGUAGACGUUCUCUUAAAAUAUGAGGAUGGUAGCAACAAGGAUUUCUCCUUAACAAAAGACAAUAUCAAAGCAAUAAUCAUGGACGUUUUUGGGGCUGGAAGUGAGACAUCAACAACCACCAUAGAUUGGGCCAUGAUAGAAUUAGUAAGGGAUCCAAGAAUAAUGAAGAAAGCACAAGCUGAGGUGAGAGAGGUUUUCAAAACGAAAGGAAGGGUUGACGAAAAUUACAUCAACGAACUCGAUUAUUUGAAAUCAAUUGUCAAAGAAACAUUAAGGCUACAUCCUCCAGCACCUCUUUUGCUACCAAGAGAAUGUGGUCAAGCAUGUGAGAUAAACGGCUUUCACAUACCGAUCAAGACUAAGGUGAUAAUCAAUGCUUGGGCUAUUGCGAGAGAUCCAAACUACUGGACUGAACCAGAGAGGUUUUAUCCGGAGAGAUUCAUUGACAGUACUAUUGACCAUAAAGGGAGUAAUUUUGAGUACAUUCCUUUUGGUUCUGGAAGAAGAAUAUGCCCAGGGAUCACAUUUGGUUUGAGAAAUAUUGAACUAGCCCUUGCAAUGUUGUUGUAUCAUUUUGACUGGAAGCUUCCCAGUGGAACCAAAAGUGAAGAACUGGACAUGACUGAGCAAUUUGGAGUCACUGUGAGAAGAAAAGAUGAUCUUUUAUUGUUGCCUUUUGUUUAUCAUCCUUUGAAUGUCACAUGAGUUUCACAAGAAGAAACUGAAAUCUAUGGCAAUGUACUGAAACGAUACCUUCUGUUAGUAUUAAAUAAGUGGGCUAUGUUUGGAUAUAAGAGUUGAAAUAAAUGAAAAUUAUGCUACUUUACAAAGUU